AUGGGCUCGUAUUCGGCGGAACCUCAGUUGCCCGCCAACAUUGGCUUCGUUGGACUUGGGAAUAUGGGCUUCCCCAUGUUUUGCAACCUGGUCAGCAAACUGCCCGAGACCUCGACGGUACACUUCUACGAUGUGAACCCGGAGUCAAUGGAAAGGGGGUUGAAAGAGUCUGGCGCGGUGGCCAAGCUGGAUCCCUGCAGCAGUUCGCGAGAGGUCGCUGAGAAGAGUGAUAUGUUCAUGUCAAUGGUCCCCGAGGGCAAACAUGUGCGCGCGGUCUAUUUGGAUCCCGAGAACGGCGUGCUAGCGGCCAAAGAUCUCAGCGGCAAGAUCCUGCUCGACAGCAGCACCAUUGACACGGCGACAUCGCUCGAGGUGGGCGAGGAGACACGGAAGCAGCACCCGAGAGCGCAUUUCUUCGACGCCCCCGUGUCCGGAGGCACGGCCGGCGCGAAGAAAGGCUCCAUCACAUUCAUGAUCGGCUGUGCCAAGUCGGACCCGUUGCUGCCGUUGCUCAAGACGCUGAUGUCGCUGAUGGGCCACAACAUCUACACGUGCGGCGGCCCGUCGUUGGGGUUGACGGCGAAGUUCUGCAACAACUACCUCAGCUCGUCCAUCACGCUGCUCAACGCCGAGAUGUUCAACUUCGCCAUCAAGUCCGGCAUGGACCCGCGCACGCUGCAGGAGAUCCUCCAGACCACCACGGGCUGCAACCGCAACGCCCAGUGGGCCAACCCUGUGCCGGGCCUGAGCCCCGACGCGCCCUCGUCCCGCGGCUACAAGCCCGGCUUCAAGAUCGAGUAUGUCAAGAAGGACAUUGGCCUGGCCAUCGCGGCGUGCGAGCGCGUCGGGGCAAAGCUCUGCGUCGGCCCCACCACGUGGAACACGUACGUCGAGGCCGGCAAGGACCCGCGCUGUGCUGGCAUGGACUCCAAGGUCAUUUAUAGGUACAUUGGUGGCGAUGAGGAGUGGCUGGACAAGUUCCCACAAAAGGAGACGGAGGAGGAGAAGUGA